GCCUGAGGGAGCCGGCACAGAACCUGGAAGGAGUUCCAUUGAACCCCCCGAGAGAGCAGCCUCGCAGAUUUGUCUGACCAUCUUGGACCCCCCAUCUAACAGGGCAAGAUGGCGCGGGACAUGUCUGAUAAGGACCUCCUGAAGAUGGAGCUCGAUCAGCUGAAGGUGGAGGUAAAAACUGAGAGGGAACCGCUGUCAAAGACGGCCAAAGCGAUUGUAGAAUGGGUUGACAGCCAUUCUCCCGAAGACCCCCUCAUCAAAGGAGUGUCGGAAGAUAAGAACCCCUACAAGGAGAAGAGCGGCUGUGAAAUAAGCUAGACUGGGGGGUGGGGGUGGGGUGGUGCAGAUGGCCCACGGGCUGGAACAAAUCCGGACUGGUUCAGUCAAACACAGUCCUAAAGAGAGGAGAAUGGGAGCAGGGUAGUUAUGUGAGGCUGUGUUACUAUAGCUGUGUGUAAAUGCGUAAUCCCACAAGGUUAGAGAUCUUUUUUUAUUCCCCACACACUGCCCCUACUCCAAAGAUGCGAUGUGAUAGGACGCUGAAGAUAGCGGGGCCAGGCUCAGGACCCACCCCCACACGAGAAAAAGUGCAGCAGACCGCUUGAUCCGAAACAGAGUUGACCGCACAGUCUGGUCCCUUGUUCUAAUUCAACCUGUGGGACAGAGAACUCCAGAUGUUUUUCAACUCAUCUCAUACCAAAACGCCCUACCUACUUUCCGUAGUUGCCCCCCCCGCCCCAACAAAGCCCCACCCCCUAGCAUUGAUUCCGCCCUCCUUAGUCAACUCCCAAGCUUCUUCAUUGAUUUUAGGGUGAAUAAAGUACAUUUAGCUAAGGAGUGCCUUGAUCUCUCUUGUCUUUCAAUAUUACACUUUUCUUUCUUUUCUUUUUUUGCUCUUACAGUGAAAACUUUUCCUGUCCUCUUUUUGAAGCAAAGUUCUUUAUUACAUGACAUUUACAUUACAUUUAUUUGGCGGACGCUUUUAUCCAAAGCGACAAACAAUAAAUGCAUACCGAAGGUCAUUGGAAAAACGUCUAAACACAGGUCCAAUAAGGUACAAUACUCAUUUUGUAACAGUUAUUCACAGCCAUGAACACAGUAAGUCCAGUUCACACAGUAAAUAUUACUCUGACCUAACCCAUGCUAAGUCAAGCUAGGAGGCAUGACAAGCUACAGUAUCAAGAUAAUGAUAUAAAGUACAAUAAGUGCUGGAUGGAGGUACACGAAAUAUGAAAGUGACUCAACCAAUCAGUUCAGUUGGAACUCUAUUUCAGUUGAUACACUAAGAGCAUGGUUUUGUUCUGUUUUCUGCAUAAAAUAACAUGGCUAUGA